AAAAUACAUUCCAAAGCAAGUGAAUUAAAUUGAAUAACUUGGAUUUUCGUCUUACUUGUGGAUUUUCCAGUUGUUAAAAUUGAAAAAAAAGUCAAGUCCGAAAGUGCAUUAACAAAAAUUGUGCUCAAACAAAAUAUCAAACAUCGCAAUAUAAAUAAGGAAAGACAUUGAAGGAAAAAAGUUUACUUUUAUGUGCAACAAAAUUUUGUUUACAAAACAUUUAAGUUUUUCAUGCAAUCGAAAAGUUGAGUGAGAGUCUCUGAACAUUGCAGUGCAACAUUUCACGAUCGCUACUUAGGAUUGUGAAAAACAUUUUCGUGUGUUAAAAAUUCAAACAUUAAUUAAUAAGAUUUAAGAAACUUAAAAGUUUUUCUUUUGGAAAAUAAAAACUUGAAGUGAAAUUAAAUAAAGACAUCUGACAGCUUAAAGUGGAAAAGAAAAAAGCUUUGAAGCAAGAGCAAUUUAACACUGAAGACUGCCAUUGAACAUAAAUAUAAAGAAGGAGAAAAAUCGUUGAUGCAAUGUUCGCCACACCACUUUUUUGUGAAGCUAUUUCAAACAAACAUAGUUGCUGCAACAACAAUAAUAAUAAUAAUUGCAUAAAAAUAUGUGAUAAUCAGAUUGCAUUAGUGCAAGAAAAAGAGAAAGAGAAUGAGAUGUUGAUGAAGGAAGAAGAUGAAAAUUAUCGAAAGUUCAGACAACUCUUGGACUAUGAUGAUGCUCCAUCAUAUCUUCAAUUCAAUCCAUUUAUCCGCAAAGGAUAUCGCACAAUGUUGCCAUCGAAGCUUUGUUGGGAAUCGAUCUUUUGGUGGACAAAUGAAACUAUCAACAUCUGGUCUCACAUUUUCGGGCUGUUUUUGUUCAUCGCACUUUCCAUCAACGACAUUGCUUUCCUGAAAAUUCACGCACAUUUCGUUGAUAAGCUCAUCGUUGGUGCGCUUCUAGUGUGCUUCCAGAUCUGCAUGUGUUUGUCGUCAUUUUAUCAUAUUUUCUGUUGCCGGUCGGAGCACGAUUAUGAUUGCUUUUUAACUUACGAUCUUUUCGGAAUCGCUCUGUCAUUAUUAGCGAUUUAUAUAAGUGGAAUAUAUUACGCUUUCUGGUGUCAUAGCGUCCUUCGGAAUUUUUAUAUCGCUACAAUUGUCGUGAUAUUCAUAAUAUCAAUGAUAAUGCAAAUUCCACGUUUAAAAGUAAAAGAUCACAUUAAGAUUGCAGUAUUUGUGUCAUGGGCUGCAUUUGGAGUGAUACCAACAAUUCAUUGGUACUUCGAAAUGGGCGGAAGUGAAAACUCCAUGAUUAAUAUUUUCAUUCCACGAGUUAUUGGAAUGUAUGCGCUUGUUAUUAUCGCAUUUGUAAUUUAUAUCACCAAAAUACCUGAACGAUGGCUUGUCGGUAAAGUAGAUUUUGCUGGUCAUUCGCACAAUUGGUGGCAUCUCUUCGUGCUUGCUGCUCUCUACUACUGGCAUAAUAGUGGUAUGAAAUAUCUCGAAUAUCGAAUGACGUAUGGAUGUUCUGCCACAUCAUGAGAUGGACGCUAUAACUUUUAGUAUAACUUAGUGAAAUUAAUGAAAUUUCAGAAGAAAGAAAAGCCUUGAUUAGUUUGUAAGGAUUUUAUAAUAUAAGAAUCGAGAUAAAUAGUUAGAAACAUGAAAUUUUACGAUAUUAAUUGCUUUAAACAUAGAAAGAAAAUCAUUCGUAAUCUUUGUGCAAUAAGAAAUGUUCGAGAUUUUCACCACAAAUGUUAAAUUAAAUUAGGAAUUUUCAUUUGAAGCCAAAUAAUUCAGCAAAGCUUUAAGAAUCAUCAACAUUUGUGGUGAAAAUAUGAAUAAUUUCAUUUCAAUCAAACAAUCAUUUAGUUAUUUGCGCAAUAGUCUAAUUUUAAUCAUGUUUUACUAUCAUAUACAACGCUUAAUGUUUCGUAUGUUAAUUUUAUUAUAAAAUAAUAAUUUUUCAAUGGAAACCUAAAACAAAAAAGUUUAGUUUAUCAAGAAAAAGAUUAAAUAAAAAACACAUUUUACUUAAAAAAGUUAAAAUUUUA